GGUUGGUUUAUUUAGCGGAGGCCAAGAGGGAAGAAGAGAAGAAGCGAAAAUGAACAGCAACAGCAACAGCAACGUUGGAGGGGGAUUCAGGUCAAGGUUGAAUCACUACCUCUAUAGCGGUGACAAGAAACAUGUCUUCGUUGGUUUAACUCUCAUCACCGCUGUCUUUACCAUCCCAUGGUACUUUAUGAGCAGAGGGACCAAACACCAGUCUCAUCAAGAUUACUUGGAAAAAGCUGAUAAAGCCAGGAGCCAAAGACUCUCAUCCAGUUCUGCUUCUGCCAAAUGAUCUUCAUCAACAUUCUGUUGAAGAGCAUACUUUUUCCAGUAACACUUAAUUAAAAGGCUUCAAAUAUGUUUGUUGGAUGUCCUUUUCUCUCUAGUUUUAUUCGAUGGGAUGGAGAUCCAUCUUCCUUUUUCCAUAUUCGCAUACUGUUAAAUUAGUCUUUUAUUUGGGAAACAAAAAAGAACUAAUGAUGUAUAAGAAAAUUUCCUUAUAUAAUAAAAUUGGUUAGGUAUGAUUUUCCUGUUUGAAGCA